UUCGUACUCAAUAUUGAUGGUUUACUUUAUGUUUUGAAGACGUGUAAAACUUCAUUAGUUUACUUUUUUUAGUUAGGGUAGUACCUACAUUUUUAUAUUUUUGAGGAAACUUUUCAUUUACAAUAGUGAGUGGUAAGUUGUCAUAUAAUAAAUGACAUUUAUAUUGUAUAUAAAAACACAAUGGACGAUCCUUAUAUUCACAAGGCAUUUAUAUUGGAGAUAAGUUUAAAGGACAGCUAAGAUGAGUUUUACAAAUGUCCAAAGCACAUCAAAGUGACAACAUCUAGUAGAGGCAACAUGGCAGCUUCACGGCUACCACAGUAUAUUGCUGCUCUUGUAGCGAACCUAGGAGCCCUAAACCUGGGUACCAAUCUAGGCUGGACGUCCACAGCAGAGUAUCAUAUCAAAAGGGAGCAGCAGUAUGGGUUCCCAGUGUCAGACUCCCAGUUCUCUUGGGUCAGCUCGCUGAUGCCCCUAGGAGCACUGAUAGCUGCCCCAGCAGUAGGCUGGCUGGUCACCACCAUCGGUCGCAAGUCAUCCAUGAUUUUCCUGUGUGUUCCCUCUGUGAUUGGCUAUGGCCUCUUAGCCUGGGCUCAGAAUGUUCCCAUGCUGUAUAUAGGCAGACUACUGACAGGAAUGAGUGGAGGAGGGUUUGGCAUAGUUGUGCCUCUUUACGUUGGAGAGAUUGCCGAGACCAACAUUCGAGGAACUCUAGGAGUCUGCUUCCAACUGCUGUUAGAUAUUGGCAUUUUGUUCACUUACAUAAUUGGAAGUCUUGUGAGUGUGAAACUACUAUCAAUAUUUUGUCUUUUGAUUCCCGUGAUUUGUGGUGUAUCAGUGGUAUUUAUACCAGAAUCUCCAAUUUACUAUCUGGAAAAGAGUAAAGACAGGGAAGCAGAAGAAGCCCUACAAUGGUUCCGUGGAAGUGGGUACAACAUUCAACACGACUUUACUGUCAUGCAACAAAACAUACAGGAGGUCAAAGAUUCAAAGGUUACCUUUUUUGAAGCAUUUUCAUCAACAGCUGCCAAAAAAGGUUUGGUAAUAUGUUUAGGACUUAUGUUAUUCCAACAGUUUUGUGGAGUUAACAGCAUUGUCUUCUACACAGAUAUCAUUUUCAAGGAGGCCGGCAGCAGCCUCGACUCUAACGUCCAGACCAUAGUGACAGGUCUGGUGAAUCUGUGCUUCACCUACGUGUCGUCCAUUGCUGUGGACAGACUAGGACGCAGGCCCCUGCUGCUUGUCUCUGACAUCGGGAUGGCCAUCUGCACAUUCCUAAUUGGGCUCUUCUUCUUCAUGAAAGACAAAAGCUACGACAUGGACUCUGUCACAUGGGUUCCUAUCACUGCAGUUUGUCUGUACCUAAUCUCAUUUGCCCUCGGUUAUGGCCCAUUACCUUGGGUGUUCCUAGCAGAAGUAUUCCCUAGAAAGAUUGCAGGAUAUGCGGCUUCGGUAGUUUGCAUGUUCAACUACUUCUGUGUUUUUAUCAUAACAAACUUCUUUGAUGAUAUCAGUUCGCUAGUGGGGAGAGGAGGUGCAUUCUUCAUUUUCACAGCAUUUUCAAUUGUCGGAACACUAUUUGUAAUCUUCAUAGUGCCGGAAACAAAAAAUAAGACCUUAGAGGAGAUUUUAAAAGAGUUGGAAGAUUGAUAAGGAAUAAUUUGAAUAUGAAACCUGGACAAUGUACUAAAACAAAAUGAGUACAGUAGCUAAAUUCUUAAAGUAAAUAAAUAUAUGACAGAAGAAAUUUAUGAUUAGGAAAUGGUGAGUAGGUUGUCAUGAAAAGGAUGAAAAACAUUUUGAAGGCCAAUUCAAUAAAAGGACCUAUCACUUUUGAAUGAAUUGAAUAUUAUUAUUUGUUUUUAAUUUUUUUGAUUUGAUAAAAACAUACGACAGUACCUUUUCAGAAGGAAAAUAAGUUUCAUGCAAAUAAAACUAUUUACAACACAAAAUGCCAUGGAAUUAGUAGUGCUAGAUACAUUUUUGAACAAAUAAAAUAAAAAUAAGUUUGUUACUUUUGGUGCACGAACUGGACCUCGUCGACAAGCUUUACAAACUUGGCGAGUCCAAGCUGUAGUAUUUUUUUUAAAUAAAUAUAUUUGAAUUUUAGUUUUCAAAUUUAUAAAUGUUAUAAUGUCAGUCCUCUAGUGUAACAUAAGUUAAGAAGUUAAAAUAUUGUAAAAUGUGUUAGUAUAAAAUGCUGUCUAAAUAAUUAGUUUAUGUAUGUAAAAAGUGUUAUGUGUUCAUAUUUUUUGUUAUUAUAUUACUAUCUAGGUAUAUAUUAAUAGG